AUGGAAGAUGUGGAAGGCGAGGAAGAUGUCGAAGGUGGGGACGAGGAUCAUGAAGAUGAGGAAGGUGUUGAAGUGGAAGAGGACGAGGAGGAGGAGGAGGAGGAGGACGAGGGUGAGGAAGGUGACGAGGAGGUCGAAGAGGCCGAGGAAGACGAGGAAGAUGUAAAGCCAGGUGAGCAUGAAGGUGAUGUAGGGGAAGGGACAGAGGAAGAAGAGGAAGGGGGCGAAGAGGCGGAAGACGAAGAAGAAGAAGAAGAANCACACCCUCUUACUAUCCCCAGCCCUUAUCACCACUCAUCAUCAUUUAUGACUCAAUUGCCUGACAAUCCACCUGAAGAGUGGGACAUGGAUUCAGUUAUCAGAAGGCAACAAAGGCGAAAGAAGUACAAGGGCAACAACAAGAACAAUAAAACCAGGGGCAGGGGCAGGGGGAGGGGGAGGGGGAGGGGGAGGAAGGGGAAUACGGAUUUUUAUUGUAAGGGGAGCAAUGACGAGGGCAAGAACAAGAACAACAACGACAAGGAGAAGAAGAAGGAGAAGGAGGAGCAGAAGGAGGAGCAGAAGAAGGAGCAGAAGGUGGAGAAGAAGAACCCAGAGGAGGAUAAGGCUCCGACGAAAAAAGUUCUGCUGCAGAAAAAGGUUCUGAAGAAGGGGGAUCAAGGAGCCGCUCAAGGAGGUCAAGGAGGACAAGGAGGUAGGGCAGAAUGA